ACCAAGAUCUAACCAAACAACUCUCAUAUAUAUAUACGUCUCCUGCUGUAUAUAUAUAUUUACAAAGGCACCCUGUCGCUGUUACACAACUACAACUACUUCAUAUAACCCUAAUCGACCAUGGCCAGAGCUAAGAAGUCCAAGGAUUCGCAACCAUUGGACUUGAACAACUGUCAACCAUUGGAACACUUGCAACCCGUUCCUAAGACCAGAUCUGCUUCGAUCAUCUCGGUCGAGUCAACCGACUCUGAAGGUGGUGUCGUCGAAGUUUUGGCUCCUCCUCAAGUCAGAGAAUUUGAUGACUUGACUGCUUUUGAAGCUUUCGUCAGAGACGAAACAUGGGACAACGAUUUUGACUACUUCCACGGUCGUCUUAACUACUACCCACCUUUCAUUAUGAAAGAAUGUCACGAUAACUUGGACAAGAUCAAGCCAACCGCCAACAAGAACUCGAGAAAGUUCAAGAGAAACUUGCAACACCAUGUCGCCAGACACUUGAUCAAGGACUUGGAAAAAUGUUGCGGUUACGAAUUGCAUAUGGAUAAGUUCGACACCAUCGAAACUCCAAACAGAAUCACUUGGAAGUUUAAGGACGAAUCCGACCAUGGAUUCUCCAAGGAAGAAGAAGACGAGUAUAACAGACACUGGAGAUUGGAAUUGUCGGUUUCUUGUAACAACGAAAACCCAAUGGUUGAAGUUGACUACAAGGCCAUUCCAAUCUAGUUUUAUUUUUCCUUUCCUUAAAUCUCCGAUGAAGUGACUAGACUUCAUUAGAUUUAUUUCUACUUGUUUGUCUUUUACGAAUGAUAAUUACGAAAUUUACGUUUACGCCGCUCAUGUUUAUAUGUUAUUAUGAGAUAUACGUCAUUGUAUAUAAUUGAAUUGUAGCAGUUUGUAGGUAUUCGUAGAUACCAGUUGGUAUAAUUUGCUGAUUUAUUCCAAAGUCCGGUUAGGGGGUUGUACGAUUUGUCUGGACAUGUGACCCUUCCAAAAAUGGAGCAAUCGGAAUCUACCCCAAGAUUGUGGGGAUGGCACAAUGCCCAAAAUUCAAAAAGGGUGAACAAAAGUUAGAUUGGAGCCCCUCGCUGUACCCGGAUCAAGCCUCGUAUCAGUAUUACCUCAUAGGGGCAGUUUUUCAAGUCCAGAGAAGAAAUGCUAGUCCGAUUUCUAGGCUGUAUUAAUAUUACCACGUAGAUUUCUGGUAUGGCUUAGUAGUGUUUACGGCUUUGAAGUUUUGAAGUGGUUUCAGCUUCUAGCCAAACUGUCAUAUUGGGGAGUGGUGUUGACGUAAUUGUUUACAUAUUCUUGUAGAUUGUUAGUUAUGAAUCGUAAAAGUUCAGUCGACUCGUUAAGCAAGACACUUAUACUGAUAUUAUCCAUGGUUGUCUGGCUGAUGAGUCCGGGCAAUGAGAUCAAGAGUCUCAAGAGAUGUUCCACUCCAUAUACUUUGCUUUGUGUUUCAGUUGUACUAUUGAUCAAGUUUUGUUUCAAGAAGUUGAGAUACUGAAGAUUCUCGUAUUUGUACAAGAGCAUAAGACUUAGCGACUUGUUGAAGUACAACUCCAAGCCCAUGAUAAUCUCUUCAAGAAUGUCUUUCUGUUCUUGCUUCACUAGCUGUUCUUGUCGAUAGUCGGAAAAAUCCCGUAACAAAGUGGAUAUAGGCUUGGAACUGGGCAACUCCACAAUUUUCCGAUCCCGGGUAAUAUACUCCCAGUCGUUGAUCAACAAGUACUUCAACUCUUUGUUGAACUCGAGAUUUAUCAAGGAGCUCGAUUUCUUGCUCGAUUGACCUGAUGAAACUUUCUGCUUUUUGGAACUGGAAGCUCCAUUCUUCCCAUCUAUAGCGACACUAGACUCACGUUUUCGUCCAUUUCCACUUCCAGCAGCAGCUCUUGGACCAGCAGUGCCAGAACCGGAACCGGAGCCAGCAGAACCGGCAGUAGCAGAUGGAGUCGAGGAGGGUGUUGGUGUUUGCUUUUUAGUUGCUGCUCUCUUUCUCUUAUUCAAUUGGUCUAACUCCUUCUUCUUGAACUUAUUCUCUUCGUUAUACUCUAAGAUUCUUUCAGAAGUAACCCAUUCGUCCCAUUUCGAGUUCCAACCCUGGUAAUGGAGCAAGUACGUAUUCUGGCUGAGCAAGUCGACCCACUUGGUCAAUUUGGGGUUCUCUUCCAUCGACUCUUUCUUACCUUCACUGUUGAGUACGUGAGAGUCGUUUGCUCUACGCGUCUUGAGGAUUUUGGCCUCGUAUAUUAAGGGUCCAUGGUAGGCG